CUUCCACGAGGCAAACAUGUCCAGCAAACUUCCUAAAGCCGAGCUGAAGGUGCCGGAGUUGAGGAUUGUGCUGGUGGGAAUGACUGGAGGUGGGAAGACUUCAACCAUGAACACCAUCCUGGGAAGACCUGCUUUAACUGCAGCGUCUCCCUCCUCGCAGACAACAGAGUGCUGGAUGGAAACGGUCAAGUCCGGAGGUCAAACACUGGUCGUUAUCGAUACUCCAGGCGUGAUGAACACGGAGAAAACAAAAGAACAGGUGAAGAGAGACAUCGUGGAAUUCUUUGCACGUGCCGCUCCUGGUCCUCACGUGUUCCUGUUUGUGCUGAAGCAAUGUUUUGGAAGUGAAGACGAAGAUGCACUUAGAAUAAUUCGGAAGAUCUUUGGUGAAGAGUCCCAAAAAUACACAAUGGCCUUGUUCACCUUUGGAGAUGAAUAUGAGAUUACCGACGACGAUUUAAAGGACCAGUUCAUCCGUAAACACGUUACUGGAUAUCAUUGUUUUGACAACACAGGCGAGAAGAGAGAGCAGGUUCCUGCGCUGCUGGAGAAGAUCAACGCCAUGGUAGCAGAAAACAACGGGGAGCAUUACACCAGUAAAAUGUUGGAGAAGGCACAGGAAGUUAAAGAAGAAGAGCAGAAGAAAGCUGGUGGCGUUGCAGGACACGAGAUUAUAAAGAAAACGGUUACGUUUCUGUUAAGCAAAGCAGUGGGAGAGGAAGUAGCAGGAGUAAUACUGCAUACUGUGGACUCUGUGAUGUCAAUAACGCUUCCAUAGACUGAACAUCAAAUCAUCCACAGCUGAAGACUCACCUGAAGUCAAAAGCUUAUGAAACAGUGAUUAUAACUUAUAAUUUGCCUCUCAGGGGUAUUUUCAUCAGGACACUGUCACUGAACUGAUAGAAAUCAACAUGAAACUUGAAGAUUCACAUUAUUACUUUUUUUUCUGAAAUGUUAUUCAAGAUAUGCAAUCGAGGCAUUACCUUAUGAAAUAAUGUGCUAAUUAGGGCAGAAGUGUGAACGUUGGAUAAAAUCGGGUUCAAAAUGAAUUUUGUUUAAUUUUGUUGCUGACAUAUUAGAGUCAGCCCAGUCACCAGAAUAAUUUAUGUGGCUGCAAACAACUUAUGAAUCAAUAUGUUGAAUAUGAACCUUUUCGAAACCGCUGCAGUUCUUAAAACACUGAUUUGAGUUUGGUAAAGUUUGUUUCUGACUCCUUCUCAUUCUGUGUAUACCACAAGAAUGUUGGUAUCAUUGUUUUCAGCACAACUCCACCUGUAUGAACUGAUCAUUAUUGUUUCCCUUUGACUUACUGGAUCAACACCAACAACACAGUAAAACAUAAUGAGCAGGA